AAAAAUGUAUCGUAAGACAAUUGUAGUCCUUGCCAUCUGUGCACUUCUUUUUGUUUCUUCAAUUGACUGCAAGAAGGUAGCCAAGGACAAGAAGGGUGGAAAAGCUGAGAAAGCCGAGAAAGUGAAGAAGGUGAAAGCUGAGAAAAUUGUGAUCGUCGAUGAGCCAGAAGUUGUUCACGAAGCAGCACCAGAAGAGGUUCAUCAUGCUCCAGAAGAAGUUGAAGAAGCCGAGGAAGUUGUUGUCGUCAAGCAGCCAGUUGCCCAGAAGCACAAAAUUUCUCCACCAAAGUCAUUGAAGGUGACCAGCGCCUUCGAGACCUGCAAACUUGAGUGCAGAAAGCAGAGAGAUGCCGUUCAAGCCGCUGAUUACGUCGAGCAACUCCGACGUGAGCUCGCCUCCGCUCAAGCCGCCCUCGACGCCGAAAAUGCUCCAGUAGUCAAUGCUCACCACGCUCAAGCCCAGCACGUGGAGCCAGUUGACAAUCAAUAGAUUUUUACAUUGAAAACACUGAAUUCAAAAACUAUAUCAUUUAUUAUUCUUAUCAGCAAAUUAAGAAUUAACCAUCACCAUCAUCAUCACAAUCACGUUUUGUUUUAUCAAUACAAUCGAUUCGAUUCAAUAAAAUGUUUAU